AUGAGAGUUCUCACGAGAGGAGCUGUUCUUUUGCCGUCGCUGUUGCCGUCUUUGGUGAAGGCGCAGCAGUGCUUGACGCAUCCGUGUCCUGCCGGCAACUACUGCUACCAAGGCUCCUGCUUCCCCUACUACAACCCAGGACCCCCACCACCCUCCCCCUGCUUCAACGCCCCCUACAGCUACGCCUGCCAAAACUACUGCUACUACAACUACGACCCCUACUGCCCCAACCCCAACUCCAACUUCGGCCCCUACCCACCCUACCAAGACCCCUGCAUCCGCAACCCCUACUCCGCCUACUGCAACCCCUGCGUCGCCAACCCCUACGCGGCGGGAUGUCCGGACCCGUUCGCCGCCGUCGGCGGAAACCCCUUCACAGGCGACAAUCGAUUCAUCAAUAACUUCAAUCCUCUUGGGAUGUUUGGCGGCAGUGGUGGUGGGGAUGGGGGUGCGGCGCCCGCGACGGCGGAUUUGUCGGCGGCGGCGGCGUUGCCGGCGGAUUUGGGCGCUUCGGCGCUGGAUGCGGCGGCGGGGGGGCCGCCGCCGGAGGGUGCUGCUGCGCCGCCGAGUCGGGUGAGGAGGGCGGUGGAGGUUGUUAAGGGAGGGUUGGGGAUUUGA